AUGUCCUUGAACUUGCUCCUCUUCCUGAACGACAUUAUGUGUUGUGUGAACCUCCAGUUGGUGGUGUUGAUGAUGCUGUUGCACUUCAUUAUCGACUUCAAGUUGCUCCGCAUGGCCACCAUCUUCCUGGUUUGCAGCUUGAUAGUCAUUGUUAUUGGUGUCGUUGGAGGUUGA